AUGGACACCAGAUUUUGUGCUCAGGACAUCAUCAGAUGUGACAUUUGUCAAGACAGUAUUGCACUUAUGUACUGUAACUUAUGUCCCCUGAAUCUGUGUAAGGGAUGUGUAGGGGAACACAUCUCUGAUGUUUCUAAGAAACAUGAUGUGGUGCCUUUUGAGUUGAGAUCCAGACUUGUGUAUCCUCAGUGUCAAACACACUCUGAAGAAUACUGUGAAAUGCACUGUGAAGAUUGCAACAUUUCAGCAUGUUCCAAAUGUCUUAUUUCUGAGAAACAUACGCGACAUCAUUUCAGAAGUCUACAAGACUUGGUGAACUCCAAGAAGGAUAUCAUUGAAAAAGAAAGAAUGAGAUUGCAAGAAAGAGUUUACUCAAAAUUCGAAAACAGAAUUACCGAAAUAAAACACGAGCUAGGUGAAAUAGAAGGAGAAUAUGAGAAACUUGCAUCGGAGGUCACAAAACAUGGGGAAGAAUGGCACAGAGAAAUUGACAAAGUUAUACAGAAAAACAAGGAAGAUAUCGAGCAAAUGAGAAGAAAACACAGAGAAACUCUGAACAAACACUUAAAUGAUAUGAAGAUGUUUGUUGCUGAUGUCGAACAGACAAUGUCCGAAAUGAAUGAGAAUCUAAAAUCAAAGGAAGUUUCUAAAACACUUUCCUAUGAAAUCAAUCCAGAUAAGUUCAAAAAACUUCCACCUAAAUUGACAGUUGAGUUUCCAGUAUUUACUUUAAAAAAUAGCCAAAGACAAUGCUUUCGGCUAUUUGGUUCAAUAUCACCAUUAUCCAUUUCAAAAGAAGAAUAUGGCUACUCAAUAGAGACACCAGAAGCUGUAUCCUGUCCUCCAGUCAAACAACUGCUCGACGAAGCAGAGCCCAUCAUCACCAUAGACACUGGGUAUAGACUUUACAGUGUUGCCUGUCUCAGUGAUGAAGAAAUCUGGACAUGUGGGAAUGACAAAAUAAUAAAACUUUACAAUCUCCAGGGCAAACUACUGAAGUCAAUCAAAACAAAGUCAGGAAACAAACCAUUUGACAUAGCAGCGACAAAAAGUGGAGAUUUAUUUUAUAUUGACCGAGGUACAAGAACCGUAAACAUGGUGAAGAAUAAACAGAUACAGGAAGUGAUCAGACUACAGGGGUGGAUACCUUACAAUGUCUGCAAUACCUCUUCUGGUGACCUCCUAGUAACCAUGAACAGUGAUGAUGGGGCACAAAGCAAAGCUGUCCGUUAUUCUGGCUCUACAGAAAAACAAACCAUUCAGUUUGAUAGUAAAGGUCAACCUUUAUAUUCAUCUGGUUUCUUCACUAAAUACAUCAGUGAGAAUAGGAACCGGGAUAUCUGUGUGGCUGACUGGGGAGCUAAUGCAAUAGUUGUAGUCAAUAAGGCAGGAAAACUGCGAUUUAGAUACACUGGUCACCCAACCUCGACCAAGGGAUCAUUCUGUCCAUACAGCAUCACAACAAACAGCCAGAGUCAGAUCCUGACAGCAGACUUUAACAACAACUGUAUCCACGUCCUAGAUCAGGACGGAUACUUCUUCCGUUACGUUGAUAAAUUAAAUCUCUAUCAUCCGAGAGGUUUAUGUGUAGACACCAAAGACAACCUUUUUGUAGCAGAGUGUUACAGUGGUAAAGUGAAGAAAAUAGAAUAUACAUAAACUAUGUG